UCGCUGUCAUUUCCGCAAUCAUUUCUAACUAUUCCGCCAGCCGUGUGAAGUCCACACUUCCUAAAUCUGUUACCGCAAUCCACUGCUGCCCGCUGCCGCCAUAAGGAAACUGUUUUUCUGCUCAUUAUCAGCAGGUUUCCCCUGUAAGUUACCUCCUCAGAAAGUAUGCAGCUGUUUCUCACUACGGAAGAGGUUUCACACGUAGGCGUGUUAUGCUUUCAAGCAAGUCGGGUUUACUGUAAAGCUACGGAAAAGUCUGGGCGGUAACUGACAAGAUUGACGUUUAUUUUGACCACGUUUUUUUCACGAGAAAUACAGCUGUGUCGCUGUAUCCUGCAGACCUGCUGGAGGCACAGCUGUCAGGAGUUUAAUCCACCGAGCUCAGAUUAAGCUAGCUGCAGCAGUACAGCAUGUCAGGGAUUACUGCCAGUACAACAAACUACCUGUGGUCUUUACAAGAUGUCCUCGGUCAAGGGGCUACUGCUAGUGUCUAUAAGGCACGCAACAAGAGGUUGGGUGAGCUAGUAGCUGUCAAGGUAUUUAACAUGCUGAGCUACAACCGUCCUCAUGAGGUCCAGAUGAGAGAGUUUGAGAUGCUGAGGAAGCUCAACCACAGCAAUAUUGUCAGGCUGUACGCUGUGGAAGAGCUGCCGUCUAAACAGAAGGUGCUGGUGAUGGAGUAUUGCUCAGGAGGAAGUCUGCUCAGCGUCCUGGAGGAGCCAGAAAACGCCUUUGGCCUGCCUGAAACUGAGUUCCUCACAGUCUUGCAGUGUGUAG